UACCACUAUUAAUACAUAUAGCUUUAAAAGCUAAAUAAUCCAAAUUUGUGUUUUUAAAAACCCUUUCCACUUUAAUUUUAUUAAUCUCAUCUUCAGAACCACCAACUUUUAUUUUGACAAGACUUCCCGGAAGCUCUCUUACACUCGAUAGCUAACUCGACAGAUGUGUAAAUCAUGGAUGUUGAGGUCAGCUAGAGGCUUUCACCUCCUGCUGUGUGCGUCCUGUUAAAGCAGCAGUCUGCAGCGACGGAGCAGUCAUAGGUGUUGGUGGAAACGCAGAGAUGAUCUUCUCAACAGUCUGACCUGGAGAGAAACAACACAGACUGUCAGCCAUCCCAGGGCUGCAGAUGGAGAAUGGAGACCUGGGUCACAUGAUGGGGGAGCCAGUGACUCUGAACGUGGGCGGCUGUGUGUACAGUACGUCUCUGUCUACGCUGCAGCGUUACCCAGACUCCAUGCUGGGAGCCAUGUUCAGAGGAGACCUCCCCACCGUCAGGGACACGCAUGGAAACUUCUUCAUCGACCGCGACGGCCCACUGUUCCGCUACAUCCUCAACUUCCUGCGGACGUCAGAGCUCACGUUGCCGUGCGACUUCAAGGAGACUGAGCUGCUGAGGAAGGAGGCUGACUUCUAUCAGAUCGAGCCCCUGAUACAGUGCCUUGGAGACCCCAAACCUGCGCUGCCCUACCCCACCGACACCUAUGAGGAGGUGGUGGAGCUGUCCAGCACCAGGAAGCUGUCUAAGUACUCCAACCCAGUCGCAGUCAUCAUCACCCAGCUCACCAUUACCACCAAGGUCCAUGCUGUGUUGGAGUCCAUCUCCAGCAGUUUCACAAAGUGGAACAAACACAUGAUGGACACCAGAGACUACCAGGUGUCCUUCACCUUUGGACCAUGUGACCACCAACAGGAAGUCAGCCUGCGCGUCCACCUGCUCGACUUCAUCUCCAAAGCUGGUUUCACAAUACGCAACACUCGUGUUCACCACAUGAGUGAACGAGCCAAUGAGAAUACAGUGGAACAUAACUGGACAUUCUGCCGACAAGCUCGCAAAGUUAACGACUGACGGAUGAACUGAGGAAUGGACUUACUGACUGACGGGAGAUGUUAUCAGGCAACAGACAGACAGAGACUUGAGUGGUGGUUGUGUUGUUAUGUGCUAAUGUUUUGCAUGGUGUGUGUUGUUUUUGAAUAAUUCCAUCAGUCUAUUUAGAGCCAGGUCACUGAAAGGCUGGCACAUUAGCCACAUGUGGUACAUUAUCAUGAACCUUUAACAUAUUUUACCUUUGCUUCAUCAUAUACAUUAUAUCGGCCAAAAGUAUGUGGACGGCCCUUCACACGAAACUGAGACAACUGGUUUGGUGCAGGAACUUGACUGGCCUGCACAGAGCACAGACCUCAACCCCCUCCAACACUUUUGGAUGAACUAGAAGGCCAGCUGUGAGCCAGACCCUCUCACCCAACACCAGUUUUGUACCUUAUUACAUGCUCUUGUGGAUGAAUAGGAGAAAAUCAUUGUAGCUAGGUUCAAAAAUGUGUUUGAAAUCCUAAAACCAGAAGAGUGGAGGCUGUUAGAGAAACAGAUUAGCUAGCUACUUAUCAUAAAUAGCUGCAGUGUUUGAGAGUCCACAUUCUUUUGGCCAAGGAGUGUAUGGUAGCUUAAUAUCUGGUAGUAUCACAAAUCUGUUAUACAUCAGUAACUAUGAAUGACUAUUAGCUGAUAAUAAAACUAUCUGAAAAAUGACUUCAGAUUUUCACAAAAAUAGGUCAAAGGUAAGGUUCACAUUUUUUCUUGUCUUCUUAAAAGUACAGCUGGUUUUUCUUGCUGUAGACAUUACUCCUCUUCAUAUUGGCCUUCAAGAGAUCCCCUCCUACCAUGGAGCUGAUGUCAGGCUUUGACCUGUGCAGUUGUCUGAAAUUAUGGAAGAAGAAUCUUCACCAGGGCCAGUUGAGUUCAGAUCCCUUUCACUAACUUGUCAAAUAAUUAAUUAGUCCACUGAGUCUGUUGUAGUAGAUUUAUUGCAUAUAUAUCAAAACAGCAUACAAAACUAAAGUAAAACCAAGCUGGUCCCUGCACUCUUUUAUGUGGUAGCAUAUCUUAAAAUUAAUUUCCACUCCCUAACUUUCCUACUCCCUUGUACACCAUUAUUUCUACAUCAAAGCAUGUAAUGGUGUCCUACUCUUAAAGAAUGUGGCCAUGAAUCUAGCCUGGUUACUCCCUAUCUUUUAACCUUUCUCAACAUGUUUUACUUCAUGAUUGUUUCCACAGCUGCCAUGUAUUUUAAUAAAAAAUAAUUGAUUAUCCAUCCA